AGUAGGUAAUACCGUAUUUAGUCUGCAAUGUAUUGGAAGCUUUUAAAGCUCUCUUUAAUCUCUACAAAGCUCAUGAAGCCUAGCAGGAAAAUAAUAAUCAUCGGAAAAAUCAUCCAUAGACUUUAUCAUCAUUAUUUUCGUCUUGCCAUGGAUACCGGCAUUCUUUCAAAACAACAUUCAUUGUAUUAUAUAUUUGUAAGGCCAUACUGUGGUGCGGUACGUAUACAUACAAUGUUCGUGUCGCGUUGUGUUUAAUCAAAUAUAUUUGGAAGUGGUGUAGGACUCUUGUUAUCUAGUGUCAUCGUAGAGCCUAGGCCUAGGUGUUAUUGCCCAAGAAGGUGUCAGGGAAAGUCCUAUUCUUAACUGCCACUGACAAUCAGUCUACUAGCAAGGCCCUCUGGGAGGACCCGGAGGAGGCCCAACCUUUCUUCAACAAGUUCACUUUCGAGGAUCUGUACUGACCUAGGCUCUUCAUGUAUGGGAAUGAGACUGAGAUGGCGUUCUGUCAUGAUAUAUACCAGCAUAUUUCUGUGCAUCAUCAUCAUUUUUGGAUGGCGUCAGAUGUUAGAUGAAAACUUAGUUGAUCUUCAUACCUGCCCAGCAUGCUAUGGUCAGUCUCACUGCAGUUCCAUGUUUGAAAAGGAAACAUUUAAUCGGAACAUUAGGCUGACGAGUUACUCUCAAGUAAAGUAUAUGAACUACAUUAAUAUUAAAAAUGUUUAUUAUGCCAAAUUUGGGGAAGAACAUGUGGUUUUAAAGAAACUUGCACAUGAUUCAGAACUGAGGGAGAUAGAUGAAAAGUUCUGCAAAGCAUCAAAGCUCCCGCACAACUGCAAUGUGUCUCAAGCCAUCAAAAUUAUUGUGACAAGAGCCGGGAAUGAUAUUUUCCAAGUAAUAAGAAAUAACAAGGUGUUAUUUGAAGAAAGUGAUGCUGUCAAAUGCUCACAUGAUAGAAAUAUUUUGAAGUUAUAUGAAGCAUUUGCUCGUACUGACUCAGGGCCAUAUCACAUUCAUCAUUUUUUAACAAUGUUAGCAGUGAACAUGGAGCCUUUGUUGAUUAUGACUCAUUAUCAGAAAUGGUUUCCAAGAAUAAUUGGAACUUGUGGGAGAAUGUUAAUUGAGGAAUAUGUAGGGCCAACUCUGACGCAGCUGGGUGCAACAUCUUGGAUUAGACGUGCUGAUUAUGCUCGCCAGCUUUUAGAGAUGGCUCGGGAACUUUCUGACGGAGAAUUUCAUUUGUAUAUGACUGAUGUUUCACUUGAUAAUUUUGCUGUUGAUUCAAGUGGCAAAGUCAAAAUGAUUGAUGCAGAAGAUCUCAUUAUUGUGGAUUCAGCUGUAAAUGACUUAGAUGCUAGUGAACACGUCAAUGACGGUUUUGGUUGCAGGGAUUGCCUGAGCUACUCAAUUGAGGACCUGUGUAGCCACAGAUACAGCGAUCACAAUUACUUUGCAGUAUGCAAGGGAAUGCUCUCUUCAUCAUCUUUCUCAGAAGAUAUCCCAGAGGGUUUGCUACAUAGCCCUCCUGAUUGGGUAGCAGCUGACUAUCCAUCAUUGUUGCCCCUUGUAGAGGAAUGUGCGUCUCAUCCAGAGGACGUCCAUAACUAUUCUAAGCCAAGAAGAAAGGAAUCUGCUGUUAAGCUUCAUUCAUUGUUAUCCAAAAUAUUAAGAACUUAAGAAUUUUUAUCAUAAGGAUAAUUUGAAUCUGGUAAGUUUUCAAUUUUUGUAAUUUUAAGAGCCACAAUUGCAAUGUACUAUUUGGAUUGUUAAAUGCAAUGGAUUAUUGUGAUAUUGCAAUGUACUAUUUGGAUUGUUAAAUGAAAUGAAUUAGUGUGAACAUUUUUCUACAUUUAUAUUUACACGUUAACAGUAUUGUUUUUUGCACUACAGGUUUGUAGUUUGAUUAGUUUUAUAUACCCAAGUAUAUAUUUCAGUCAAAGAUAUAUGUGUUGCUGCUUUGAUUAUUAUCUGAAUAAGAUGAUUUGGUUUAAUAUGGAUGUACUUUUAUAUCAGAAAUUACUUGUUUGUGGAUAUACAAAAAUACCAACUAUUGCCAUACCAGAGCUAAUUUCCUUGUAGCAUCAGCAGACAAAUUAGCCCAGAUUUACAUAAGAACUACUAUAUAAUAUUAUGUACUAUUAUCAUUAGGUUUUCUACCUAGACUGUUGAGUUUUUACAUGUAAGAACUAAAGCAUUGUGAUUCCAGGUCGUUGGGAUUUGCCCCUCAAGUUAAGUCACAUCCUUGCUUCCUUUCCUACCACCUCUGGUAUUUUUCAGUCUUGGGUAAAAAAAACUUCUUGUUGUGAUAUGAUAACUUUCUGAGGUGCGAGAUGUAAGUCAUAUAUACUAUCCCCUCUUCAGGUGAGUUGUAUUUCUUAGCACACCACACAAAUUGUGCAUCUGAACUGUUUUUUGUUCAGUUUUCAGUCCAAAACCAGGCUUUUCCAUUAACACUUUAGUGUUUUAGAAUAAUCAUCAGGUCCAUGACAGAUGAAGAAGUUUCUGAGAGAGAGAGAUGAUGUAAAGAAGUAGUAAAUAAACAGAGAUCUCUAAGGCUCAGAUGGAGUGAGCUCAUUACACAUCCAACCUGGUGUUAAUGAUCCACAAUUUUGUGACACCAUUUGUAUAAUCUAAUCAGUCAAUAGUCUGACCUAAUGAAGGGAAAACCUAACAUAAAAGCAUUGAUGAUGAUGAUGAUGAUGAUGACGACGACGACGACAUACCUUUAUGUAAAAGAGGGUAUACAGUACUAUUUCUCUUUGCUUGUAAACAUUUUAGAGAAAUCAUCAUUAUUGGAAACAGUAAUGAAAUUGCAUUUCCUUAUGGGUUAUGUUACAUGUGAAUAGCCUGAAUAAACAGCAAGAACAAGAAACUCUCUACUUACAAGAACUUUCCUAGGUAGAUACUCAUCACAGUUCAAGUUGAUGUUCCUUAAUGAGCUUAUGAUUUAUAUUUAGCUCUAUAGAUGUAGGCAAUCCACGGGUUACAGGGGCUGCGACUUACAGCGCUUUUUCAAAUAUAUCAAUGAAAAGGGUUCUGGGUUAUGGCUGAUGUUCCAAAGUUAUGUACCAUAGCUAGGAUUGCGGUGCUGUAAGCAUUGUAACUAGGAUUCUGAGCGGCGUAGCUGUAGGCGCUAUGAGGUGAGAAAACCGCUUUAGGGAGAAAAAUGGUUUAUUACUAGGGCAAAGCUUAAAAACAUGUUUCUUUCCUUAGGCUUACCAAGUCUCUUGCUCACUCAUAAGAUGUUCUGGGUUACGCUGAUUUCCAACUUAUGGCACACCGCUGAGACAGAACACCCACCAUCACCUGGGGACAGCAUGUAGUUGCUCUCUUUGUUCUAGUCAUUUUGGGUAAUGUUGCUGAGAAGUUUUAUAGUUGAUGGCAAAACAGCACAUCAUAUAAUAAUUGACAUAGACAUUGCUGAAGCACAUAGACGUUUAAGAUGCUGUGGAAGACAACCAAAAUCAACCCUGCAGAGUAGUAAUAAACUUUUGAUGUAGGCUAACUCUUUUGAGAAAGGAUUGAAGCUUUUGAGCCUGUCUACUCCAAGAUAGGGGAUUUUUUUUUGGUGAAUGCACUCCACAGUUAAGCCUUAACACAUCAAGGCGUUGACUUGCAUUUGUCAGCUGAUGCUUUACUUAGAGGAAAACCUUCCUGAACCUUUAAGAAACCAAGGAGUCAUUAAAAUUAGGAAAAUGAAGAAAAAAUCAGUAAGGCAUUUUUACUAUUGGGAGAAAACCCGACAGUUCAACUAAGAAGUAAUAGUUAGAGGUAGGAAAGUAUGUACUAUUGAAGAAAGGAAGCAGGGAUGGAGGCAAAGUAAAAGGCUAGGAAGUAGUGUAGCUAGGGGCCAAAGGACACAGCAAACACUCUUUAGUAGUGUAAUAAUGUCUACAGUGCACCAUGUGAGGUGCGCUGAUGUCCCUACCCCCUUAGUAUGCAGAUUCCAGGCAGUAAUGUGUAGAUAGGCAGUUUUGACAUGGAUUUUACUUUAGCUCUUGCAUUGGAAGUCUGAUAUAUGAUGUGAUUUUUUCAUGUUGAUUUGUCUCCUUCCUCAGUAUUGCAUCCAGCCAAGUGAGAACCGAAAUUUUUAACUUGCUAGUUUCGUUAAACAUUUUCUUUUAUUUCUCAUUCCAUUUUACUAACAUUUUCUUUCAAAGUGAUAUUGCAUCUGUAAUUUCCUACAGAAAUUACAUUGGGUUUUUUGCCUAGCACUUUUGUGGAACUUACUCAUUUUUCUUCAGUACGUAUACUGUACUGCAUUUCAUUUCAAAAUACAGUAAAUUGUUAUCAUUUGAAAGCUUGCUAAAACCAGAGGUAACGUCACCCAUUGAAAAAAAGUGAUAACAUUGAUAAGUAUUUAGUUUGUAUUUUUAAUUCUGCAUGUCUGAUACCAAAGUUUUUUGAAUGAUUGUGUGGUCAAUAAUUUUCUUUUAUAAAACAGUCCUUUGUAAUUGCAAUGAUACUACCUUUCUACUAUAUCCAGGCUACAAUAUACCAUGAGCACUUCGUACAUUUCACCAGAUCUAUGCCAUUAUGUGCAAAAUACCAAAGUUCCAUUUAACCUAUACAAAUUUAAGACCACAGUGUCUUCUUGUUUCUGUAUAGACUUAUAUAUAACAAAUGUAUAAUAUACAAAUAAGGGUAAUGUAAUGAAAAAAAAAUCCAUAUGAAAUGAAAACUGACUGAGAUAGGAAUGCCUAAUUCUGCCUAAGGCAGACAUGCUAAACUGCCAACUAGUUAUACAGCAAAAGUGCUUGAGACUUGAAUGUAACAGCAUUACCAAAAAACACAAGGAGGCCCAUUAAUAUAAGAUUUAUUAUAUACAGUAUUUUUUCAUUUGUAUAGGUUGCUAUAUAAAUUGUAUAUCUUACCUGUGCUAGUCAAUGAUCUGCUCUGCUCAUUCUGUAAGAUUGCUUUGGGCCUUAGAAGGUUUCUUCUUGUAACAAGAAAUUACCUUGUUGCAAGUCACAGCGAGCACUAGGACUAAAGGAAUCUAUCGAGAGGUUGUUUUACUCCCAAGUCGAAAAGGAUUGGAAGUUAAAGUUGUGGGGUUAUAGGCACUGGUCAUGUUCGCAUAGCUUCUCUCCCCAUAUCAUAGCUUCUCUGCCUUUUUGUAAUUUAGAGCAUUUUUUAAUUCUCGUCUGAACAGACUGGUUGCUUACUGUUACUGGCUCAGACACUCAGUUAUGAAGUUUUCUUUUUUUUUUUUUAAUUGUAUUCAUAAAUUACAUAACAUUACUCAAGUUGACAUUGCGCAGUUAUGUCCGCUUGGGAGAGAAGUAAACUUGUUGGAGGCAUAAGAGAAAGUAGACAUACUGUCUACUGUUUUAUUAUGAUUAAAUUCUACAUUUAAUCGUCCGUACUUUUCAUAUCAAUUUAGUUGUCAGCUCAUUGGAAUAUCAAGAAAGAAAAAUCAGGCAGUGGUUUGUAUUUAAAAUAAAAAAAAUGGUUGCAUUGUUAAGAACUUUACCAUUACUAUGUUAAUAUAUAGACUUUUCAAUAAGAUUUUUGUAUCAGUAGUAAGCUCAAGUCAUAUUACCUCAGGAAUGUAUAAAUUUUCUGUGAUAAUGAUUUAGCUAGGCAACAGGCAGGACAUUAGAAUAUAGAAUAAAUACUAGUGCCAAAUCACACUUAAUUGUCAUGCGUUAGAAGGAUUCUUAAACUGUGCCAGUUAAGUUUUGCCAGGACUUUGUGUGCAACUUAAAUGAUUUUGGAUGAUGGCAAAAGCAAAUGCCCCAGAUUUAUUUGGAAAAGUAAGUACUAUUCUUUUUUUUUUUUACAGUAACCAUUAAUUAAAGAAUCCUAUUUGCUUGCCAACUGACUUUUGUGACAGAAAUCUGACUAGUUGUGGUUCUUUCCACUUUGUGCUUGUUUUAGUUCAUACACUAUGUUGUUCACAAUUACCUAGCUGACCUAUUAUUUUGUGAAUAAGGAUAAGUAAAAUAAGUAGGUAAAUUAUCAGUUAUUGUGGCAAGUACUUUGUCCUUACUUUUUUACAGUACUGAAUAAAAACUAUUCUGUUGAUGCAGAACAUCUCUUGUAUCUAAAAUAAACCUCAUUUACUGUCUUGUGAGAAUAAUUUGGCAAAGUUUGUUAAUUCAAAUGUGUUAAUGCCUUGAAAUAGAAUAGCAUUCUGUUCAUUUUCCUUCUAGGGAAUACUAAAGUUUUGGAAUCUAGAGGUCAGUACUUUUCCAGUUUGUUGCUUUAAGAGUUUGAGCUUAGUAUGCAGUAUCUAUUACAGGGUAGACCUAUAUGAAGUUUAUGUGGAUUCACACUUUGAUUCCCAAAUCAAACCUUAUUUCAUAUCUAUUGAUCCCCAAAUCAAACCUUAUUUCAUAUCUGUAAAACUAAACAAUGGUAGCCUUUGAGAAUUGGGGGUUGUAAAAAUCAUUUUUUAAACAUUUUGAUGGUUAUAUAAUUGUAUGUGGAAAACUUUGUUCUUCCAAACCUUCUAACCAUAACUAAUACUCAAUGCAGAUGUUGCAAGUAUGACAACUUAAAUCUUGAUAAGAAUGGCAAAAUAUUAUUAUUCCUGCUCAGAUCGUCCCUGAUUAUUUCUUUCAUAUAUGUAUACAAAGUACUACAAAUUACUUUGUGAGGCAUUGUCAUAGCCAUUUAUAAAUAUAUAAUUUUCAAAAAAUCUUGUGUACUGAAAUCCAUAUAGUAUAGUAUUAUUUAAUGGUUAACCUACUAAUAGUGAAGAAAUUAUACAAGGAUGCAAGGUCAAAAAUAAGCAUUAAAAGGUAGUAAUUUAUUUGUUUAAUUAAAAGAAUACAUUCUUACAUUAUACCGGUACUGAACUUUGACUAUAAAUCAUUGGUAUCAACAAAUUAAAUAAACAAAUAGUAAACAAAAAAAACAUGAAAGCUAAAACAGUCUGGUUCUAAUACUAUAAAAAUUCAUUAUUGUCCACUUGUAUAAAACUGUAAAUCUUUGAAUAGCUCUUAAAUAUAUGAUUAAAAUUCAGAAUGCUUACUCAUAAAAACGGGUAAAAAAGUUUAGGCACAAGGUGAUCUGUAGAAAAUAGAUUUUGUACUCCUAUAGCUAUAGCUGUCAUGUUUGUAGGAACACUUUUAUUCCUAAGAUUCAGUUACAGAUCUUGAUCAGAAACACUUUGCUGGAGGUACUCGGAAUAAAGUUUUUGCUGAAAAUAGAAAAAAUGUGAUAUUAAUAACAAAAUUACCAUACCUGACUAAAUUAUCAUUUCAUUUUACAAUGGUGAUGAACUGACUUUAAUUUAUGUAUACAGUAACAGAUUUUCCAAACCAUUUUAGAAUCUUAAGUGUGCCUUACCUUUUGAGAUUUAACAUAGGUAUUAACAUAAUCCCUCUUUUCAAGAAGAACUUUUCUAGAACGUCUUUGUAGAGUUGGUUUUGACCUGUUUAAGAACCGUGACACAAUAAGACACAGCCCUGAUAUAGCAAGAACUGAACCAAGAACCACAACCUGAUUGUCAUCUGAAAUAGUUUCCCAGAAAGCAGUAGCAGGUGCC